UCUCAGUUGAACGCUCGACGCGAUACGGCAGGUCGCUUCCCAGAUAUUUUGUGUAUCAUUUAACCACAAAGACGAGAACCCAACCUUACAAGAUGAAGUACUUUGCUUUGAUUUCCAUCCUCGUACUGGUGCUGGCUACCCUGUGUCUGGCUCCAGCCGAGGCCAGCUUCUGUCCGUGCAACCUCAAGACGGAGAAGACGGAGGUGUGCGGCUCCAAUGGAGUCACCUACAAGAACCGCUGCGAGUUCGAGUGCACACAGCGCGACUACAAGAAGCUGGGCCGCAUUUUGAAUAUCCGCAAUACGGGUCCUUGCUAAAGGAGCACCCAA